AUGCAAGGGAAGAGGGAAGAGGAGAGGGAAGAGGGAAGAGGGGAAGUCGAGGGGAGGGCACUUGGACUCGGACUUGGACUUGGACUUGGACUUGGACUUGGUGGAGAAGGAGUAAGACCUCUCCAGACUCCAGCGUGUACCAACGUGCUCCAUACGGAGACUGCUCGGAGGCUGCUCGGAGGCUGCAGCUGGCGCCCUGUACCAAGUUCCAAGUUGCUCCUGAUUGCUAAAGGUCUCAAGGCCUGA